CCCGCGGGCAUGCCCGCGGGCGCCCGCGGGCGCCCGUUGCCCGCGGGCAGCAUUUUGCCCACCCCUGCUCUAGGGGGCCGAGCCGACCGGUCCGUCGUCGAGGCGCGAGGACGCCGGGGGAGAACGCGACGAGCGACGAACGUCGGAGUUUCGAAUCGCCCUGCUCCGCGCGCCGCUCGCGAGGACGACGACGACGGACGCAAGCCGCAGCAGGAGGCGACAGGAGGCGACAGGACUGAUCAGCUGAUCCUCGAGCGACGAACUAGGGAGUUAUAAGGUGCUUCUAAAGCCUGUCACACAAUGCCAGGCAACAGGAACAGGGAAUAGAAUUUCUGACGUGUUGGAUUGGUUGAACGAAAAUUUCCGACGAAUCCAUAGACCAUGGAGAAUGUAUAAGGAGACCGAACUAUCCGGGGAACAUACGGAUCGUUAAAGCACACAUUCGUGGGAAGGCGGAGGUGGAGAAAUUUUGUCCGUUAAAGAUUAUUGAAUAAACUGGACAAAUAAAAACAGGAUAUAUAUUUAUGUACCUUAAGCGUCGAUAUGUGUGCGAGUUACAGCACAUUUGUUUAAGGUAGCUUGGAAUAAACUCUUAUUUCAAUUUCAAUCUGCCUCAAAGUCAUUAUGUAUACAGAGUGGUUCUGCAAUUUCUGAAAUUUUGAAAUGGCAUCAAAGAAUAAGGAGGUGCAGAAAAAGCGCGUGUUCAUGAGUGUGGUGCAGAAAUUAGAGGUAAUCAAGAAAAUGGAACAAGGCGUCUCAAUGACGGAUAUUUGUAAAAUGUAUGGCGUUGGGAAAACGACCGUCCGGAGAACCCUUAAAUCAAAGACUAUGUUGCAACAGUUUUUGUCGUCAUACAAUUUUGAUAGUUCAUGUACUUUUUCAAUAGGGAAUAGAACAAAUAUGAAGUUUGGGCCAAAUAAAAAGUUAGAUGAAGCUCUGUCAAAAUGGUAUAUUCAACAGAGAGCCAAUGGUAUUGAUGUACAACAUCUCCAGUUGAGAUCUAAGUUAAAGGCUCUUAAAGCACGUAUGACAUACAAGAUUAAGAGUGACAAGGGGUGGCUGCGCGAUUUUAAAAGAAGACGAGGCAUUGUUUCUUCUUUGAGCGAUAAAGUCUGUAGGGAAUCUUCGGAUUCAGAAAAGAAAAACAUUAACGUAGACAAAGUUAUACCAGAAGAAUCUAUAGAAGUUGGGAAUUUGCCUUUACCCUCAGUUUCGCCUCCGAUUGCUUCUAUACUUGACAACAUUUCGGAAGAAUCUAUAAAAGGUGAAGGGAAACCUUCACCACCUCCGAUUGCAUCUACACGUCACGACAUUUCUAAAUUAAAUGCUUCUACAAUAAGAAAGCGAAGACGCAAGCAAUUCUGGCGAAAUAAAAUUUUAGAUGAAGCUCUGUUGAAGUGGUAUAUUCAACAGAGAUCCAGUGGUAUUAAUGUACAACAUAACCAGUUGAAAUCGGAGUUUAACGCUCUUGUAAAUCGUAUGAGACUCAAGAUCAAAGCUACUGGGAAUUGGGUGAUAAAUUUUAGAAAGAGACAUGGCAUUAUUUUGUCAUUGGGCGACAAAAUCUGUAAGGAAUUUUCAGAUUUAGAAAAGAAAAACCUUGACGAAGACCAAAUUAUACCAGAAGAAUCUAUAAAAGUGGAGAAUUUGCCUUCACCGUUACCUUCGCUUCCAAUUACUUCUACACAUUCCAAAGUUUUGGAAAAGUUUAUAAAAGUUGAGAAUUCUUCAGAAUCAUGUUUAUCCCCAACUGAUGUUUAUCACAACUACAUUUGGGAAGAAUGUGAUAUAAAAUCUGAAGGUUCCCCUUCACCUUUAGACGAUAAAUCUUUAAAUGAUGAAUAAAGACUCGCUAUCACUAUAGUCACAGCAAAUACGUCUUUUUGACUACUUUGUAAAUCAACAAAGAAUAUAAUGAUGUGAUUUAAUAAUUUUAUAUUGUAUGGUUCUGCAUACUAUAUUAAAGCUAUUGUACAUUAAAGACAUCAAGAAACAAAAAUGACAUUAUAUAUAAGAAAUACGUUAAGAUGUGUUAAUAGAAACAGGAUACAUAUGUAUGUUUCUCAAGUCCUAUUACGUGUGCGAGUCAUGACACAUUUGCUUUAUAUAGUGUGGAAUAAACUCGUUAUAUUUCGA